AUUAAUUAUGUUGUUGGCAUUGGAAAAGUAAGAGAAAAAUGAGUACUCACAUGCAGCUGGCAAGAGUUGGAAUUCAAGGAGUAUAACUUCAAUGCUAAGGGACAACCUCUUCAUGCUAGCUAUCUCCAUCCCCUUCUUAAGGUACUCAGGAGUUGUUGAAAUCGUUUACUUCAAGCGUAAUGUAUCUUAGUGUUUUGUGUAACUCAUACUGAAGUGUAGUUUACUUGAUGGGUAACUGUUCUGUUUAUAUCAUGGUGUUUUGUACCCAUCUGAGUGUGUUAAACUCUUAUUAUGACAUUGGUCUUCUUGCUCAGGUCUCAGAUUCUCUGUCCUUUUGCCCAUCAGAUCAACAAAGUUUCAUGUCUGAACUUGAUUCCCAGGUCUCUACUGCCUUUGACCCGUUUGCUGAUGCGAAUGCUGAGGACUCAGGUGCGGGAACAAAGGAGUACGUCCACAUCCGUGUGCAGCAGCGCAAUGGUAGGAAAAGCUUGACAACAGUCCAAGGGUUGAAGAAAGAGUAUAUUUACAGCAAUAUACUUAAGGACCUCAAGAAAGAGUUUUGUUGCAACAGUACAUUGGUUCAUGACUCUGAACUCGGACAUGUUCAUGUUUAUUUUACAGCAAGAUAUUUAAGGACCUCAAGAAAGAGUUUUGUUGCAACGGUACAUUGGUUGCAAACACAAUAAUUGCAUAUAAAUAAAUAUAUUAUCAAUUUAAAUAUCAA